UUCAAUUAAAUGUGUCCCGCUGCAUGAGGCAAAUGGUGGUCACACCAGAUACUGAAUGGUUUUCUGAUCCACGCUCCUAUCUUCAUUUAAAAAGCUAUCUGUUACCAACAGAUGUACAUCUGUAUUCCCAGUCAUGUGAAAUCCACAGAUUAGGGCCUAAAGAACAUAUUUUAAUUGACUGAUUUCCUUAUAUGAACUAUAACUCAGUAAAGUCGUUGAAAUUGUAGCAUGUUGAGUUUAUAUUUAUGUUCAGUGUAGAUACAUACUAUUUUUCCGCAUAUUGCCAGAUUAUUGCUAUAAACCCUGUUUGUAUCUUUUGGAACAAUGGUAGUGAAGUUUAUUAAAAUGAUGUAGAAUAGAUGGGCCACCACAGAUGUUACAGGCAUCCACAGGUCUUGACCACCAUGUUGCGAUGCUUCUUUAGGAUCACAUUGUUGUUGUCGUCGUAGAAGAGUACAGAGAUGGGACUGAGCUUGGUGGGUGCGCAGCACGCUUUGGGAACCUCAUCAGGCUUCAAAAGGGUUCGCGAUCGUCGGGAGGUGGACAGCGACUUCGAAGAGGAAUCAACUGUACUGGAUGAGGUCCAGUUGGAUGUGCCACUGCUGCCAGUCAUCCUUAAUGUCCAGGAUGCUGCUAUCAUCCUCGAGAAUGUGCCGACUUUCCUUGAGGAGGCCACUGGUAAUUGGCAGCUGAUACCGAUUAGGUUCAGCCCCCUGUACUGUGGUCCUGUUGUGAUCAGGAACAAUGCCGGUCCGGUGGCUAAAGCCUGGAGAACUUUCCAGUUCAUCAGCCCCUCUAUCACCUACAUGCGUGGGGGAUCCCUGCAGGUGGUGGUGAGGAUGCACCAUGUGAGUGGGGUUCGAGGCCUGGAGACUCAACUGGUGUGGGCCAUCUCCAAGGAGACAGCCAGGCUUAGUCCAGAGGGAAUCCCCUACUGUGCCACCAAGGUGCAGUCCGUCACUUGGAUCCAGUAUGUGGCUGGCAGGGUGACCCAGUAUGUUUCUCACCUCCGCCAUGAGACGUCUGUGGACGUGACGUUUGGCUGCUACCAGCAGACUGAUGUCUCGGUGGUGUACGCCACUCUCCACAUGGGGCUGGAUGGGCUGCUCUCCUCCUCGUGGGGGUCGGAGGCUGCCUCCGUCUCUACGGCCACCAAUCAGCAGUUCACUGAGCCAGAGCCUGAGGGUCACAACUGCUAUGAGGGCUGGGAGGAGGACCUGCUGCCUGAGGAGAGGGAGGUUCCUCUGCUAAACCUCUAUCUUACCACCAAGAGAGUGGAGGACAUCGCCCUGAGGCUCGUCUCCCUGCGCCAGGCCUUCACUGACGAGUCCGAAUUCAUCCGUGCCUAUAAUGACUUUGUGGACUACCUGAGUGACCCCUCCAAGAAGAUUGACAUUGAGAGGGAGCUGGCUGAGGCAAAGAUCCAUCAUGUUAACCUGAUAGAUGUCCUUUUUGAACUGGUGCUGUUUGGGUUGAUGACAGCUCAGAAGUCCCUGAUGGUGCACCCUGGUGGGUUCAUGGAGCGUCUGUAUGCUCUCCUGUACUCCUUCCUGCCCGCUGCUGCCAGCAUUGAGCCAAAGGCUGAGAGAUACCUGCUGCUGCUCAAUGGUGGGCUGAUGGCUCUGCUUGAUGACAUGUUUGGGCAGCAGCUGGCCUGGUACUUUAACCCAGAAUCUUUGGUCACUGAGCUCUCCAGCCUCCUGGAGUACCACCUGGAGAACCUCAUGGCCAGCAUGUAAUCCUACAGCAGAGAUCUGAAAGGCCACACUCUCUCUUGCUCUCUCUCUCUCUCUUUCUCUCUCUGUCCAUCGCUCUCUCUCUCUCAGGAUUUGAGGACUUGAAGUGCUUUGUUGAACCUUGAUUAGUUAACACACAUUAAAUUAAUGUAUUCUCUUGUUUUCUCUCCCCACAGGAUUCUUGUGCCACUUUGCCACCUAAGAGGGAUCUAGACAUUAACGCACUAUAUUACUUUGCACUGAAUUUUACAUUUUUAAAUAAAAUAACUAGUAGUUCAACAGCA